CUACGAACGCCUUCUCCUGCUACUCCUGGUCGCAGCCGCUGCUCCGCUCGCUCCCUUCUGGCUUCCACUAGCCCUUGGCUCCUCGCUCGGCUGCUGCAGUCCGUCUCCGUCUCGGUUUCUGUCUCUCUCUCUCAAGUUUCUUAUCUCCUCAAGAUCUGGGCAAAGGGAGGAAACCCCUCGGUUCUGCUUGCUGUAUCAGAGGUGAUGAAGAUGAAAUUGAACAUCUACAAUAUACAAUUACUGCUGCUUUUUUUCUUGAUGGGGGACCCAGCAAGGUUGGUGCUGGCUAACAUCCAAGAAGAUGAGGCUAAAAAUAACAUUACCAUCUUUACAAGAAUUCUAGACAGACUUCUGGAUGGUUACGAUAAUCGGCUUAGACCAGGACUGGGAGACAGUAUUACUGAAGUCUUCACCAACAUCUAUGUGACCAGCUUUGGCCCUGUUUCAGAUACAGAUAUGGAAUAUACAAUUGAUGUUUUCUUUCGACAAAAAUGGAAAGAUGAGCGGCUAAAGUUUAAAGGUCCAAUGAACAUUCUUCGACUCAAUAAUUUAAUGGCUAGCAAAAUCUGGACUCCAGAUACCUUCUUUCACAAUGGGAAAAAAUCUGUAGCUCAUAAUAUGACAAUGCCAAACAAGCUUCUUCGAAUUCAGGAUGAUGGGACUUUGCUGUACACAAUGAGGCUUACAGUUCAAGCUGAAUGUCCAAUGCACUUGGAGGAUUUUCCAAUGGAUGCUCAUUCAUGUCCUCUGAAAUUUGGCAGCUAUGCAUAUACAACUUCAGAGGUCACUUAUAUUUGGACUUACAAUGCAUCUGAUUCAGUGCAAGUUGCUCCUGAUGGCUCCAGGUUAAAUCAAUAUGAUCUCCUGGGCCAAUCAAUUGGGAAGGAAACAAUUAAAUCCAGUACAGGUGAAUAUACUGUAAUGACAGCUCAUUUCCACUUGAAAAGAAAAAUUGGGUAUUUUGUGAUUCAGACAUAUCUGCCUUGCAUCAUGACUGUCAUUCUCUCCCAAGUGUCAUUCUGGCUUAACAGAGAAUCUGUGCCUGCAAGAACGGUGUUUGGGGUAACAACGGUUCUAACAAUGACAACUCUAAGCAUCAGUGCUCGGAACUCACUCCCCAAAGUGGCUUAUGCAACUGCCAUGGACUGGUUCAUUGCUGUUUGUUAUGCAUUUGUAUUCUCUGCCCUCAUUGAAUUUGCAACAGUUAAUUACUUCACCAAAAGAGGAUGGGCUUGGGAUGGAAAGAGUGUAGUAAAUGACAAGAAAAAAGAAAAAUCUUCUGUCAUGAUCCAGAACAAUGCUUAUGCCGUGGCUGUUGCCAAUUAUGCCCCGAGUCUUUCAAAAGAUCCGGUUCUCUCCACCAUCUCGAAGAGUGCAACCACGCCAGAACCCAACAAGAAGCCAGAAAACAAGCCAGCUGAAGCCAAGAAAACCUUCAACAGUGUCAGCAAAAUUGACAGAAUGUCUAGAAUAGUUUUCCCAGUUUUGUUUGGUACAUUUAAUUUAGUUUAUUGGGCUACGUAUUUAAACAGGGAACCUGUAUUAGGGGUCAGUCCUUGAACCUUACACAGUUACCUUGGGGAUGUAAAGCAACAUUAAACUUCAUUUGUUUUGCUCUGUACAGUCUGACUAAUAACUGCUAAUUUGUGAACCAACAUGUACAGUGUGUAUAUAGCAAUUUAGCUCACCAGUAGCCCUCUAAUGGAGACGCGCAUUUGCUAACUCUAACUCGUGGAACUGCAGACAGAAAGUACCAAUGCCAAAAGAGCCAUUGCCAUUUUUAAAACCUUAACCCUAAGACCUGGUUAAAAGUGAAUUUCAAAUGACCUGACUUAUUUCCUAUUCUUGCAACACUGAUGAAAAUGGGGAUCCUCUAUCACCCUUCAGGGAUCCUUUUGUCUUAGGUCUUAGGCAGGAGUGUUUUUCACUAUUGCCUAACUGUAAUGUAAAAUAACAUCCUCAUUCCGAGAUAAACUCUAAAUACCAUAAUCUCAUAUCUGCAUCAUCAGCUCCCUUCCUGAGUGCCAGAAUCCCUGCUAGUGUAAUUGGAAGCUUGGCACACAUCAGAAGAAAAACUAGACAUUUGAAAUCAGCUUUUAAUUAUUCUGUAUAGUAACUAUAGUCAUGUACAUAUAACAGCAUGAUAAGCUCAAAUAAUUAUGAGUCACCCCUGACAGGAUGUUAAUUAUACCUAGAAUUUAGAAACUAUCAGAAUGUCAUGGUCAUUACACUUUUAGCAUUAGACUUUAUUUGAGAAUAAUAAUUGAAAUCUUCCAGAUUAUUUUAAUUAUUGGAAACUACCUUAAAUUAAAAAAGACAAAUGCGUCUUACCCUUUCCAGGUAUGAGUUGUAUUGAAAUUGAUCAGCUAAAUUUUCUUGGUGCUGGAGACUGGAGAAGGAAUCCAGUUUGGCUGCUGUGACGCAAUGUUCAUAUUGGAUUAGAAAACUGUGCCAAAAACUCCCUUCGAGGAGAAUUCAUAGGUGUCAAAGAGUAUAGAUGAGCACUUAUACGAUUCUCUUCUUUCCUGUUUACUGCAAAUUCUGCCUUAAGGCUUCUUUUCAUCAGGACAUAGAAGCCACUAAUUAUAAAGAAAAGGGCAGUUAAUUGGCACAUUUUUCUGUCUUGAAAGCAGCUCUUUCAGAUAAGAUUUAAUGUAAAUCUGCUUUUGUAAAUUGCAACUUUAAAUUUCGCUGACUCAAAUUUACAACAGCUUUGUAUACCAGAAGAGGUUUUGGUAAGAGUUAAACAUUUUUAAACUGAACUUUAAAGCAUCACCUACAGAUUGUGGAUUAGUUCAUAUGUGCAAAAUGUAAACACAGGCAUUCACAUAUACACACAAUUAGCUAAAUUAGAAUACAGACACAAACAGUAGUUAAAUUAAAACAAUUUUCAAUUUUACAUAAUUACUAAUUAUUAAUUGGUAAAAUCAAUCUUUCUUUUAAUAUUGAAAUUACUCCUUAUGUCCCUAAAAUAUGCUAAUAAAAGUCAAUAAUUGACUCUUGCCUAGAUUCAACAUUUUUGACAAACUAAAAAUCCUUUUGACCCACGUAUACAUUAGCAGUUAUUAGUUGACUUUUACUAAUAGCUACACCUUUAUAAUGGUGUUUUUAUAGAAAUAUUAGUAGUCGGAUAGUGGCAUUUCAUGCAGUUUUGUAUAGUAUUUCAGUAUAGUGCAUAAAUAGAUAUGUUCAUAAAAUUGAUUAAAGGGAAUAUCUUAUGGAAAUAAGCAAAAUCACAACAAAAGUUGUUAUUCCUUUGUUUCUUUUACAUUUUAGUUUUUUAAAUUUUCUUCAUUUUAGUGUGAUUCUAUUAUGUAUUUGCAUGAUCGUAUUAAUACCAAGGUCACAAAUGCAUCUUAUUAACAGAAUCUGCUGUGAAGACAGCCUUGGCAUUAAAAAUUCCCGUACAAAAGGUAAUCCAUAAUCCUUAAUAAAAUUGUUACUUGAGCCAAAAAUGUAUUUAUUUAAUUUCCUUCCAGUAACAUUUUUUGUCAUCAAAAUAGUUUGAAAAUGUGUACUUUAUUCAUACAUUGAAAUAGAAGAUAUCCUAUUUUCUUACACAUUUAAAUAUAGAUUAGUUUUCUGUGUUGUUUAGGGAAGUGUGCAAUAGUAGGCAAUAAAAAUGCUUUGUAUGGUAUGUAUUAUUAGACACUUUACAAAUAAUUUUAUAAGUUCUGCAUUGCCCCCUAAAGUCUGCCUAUUAUUAUAAAU